CCGGGGACGGGGGACCAAAACCAAAGUAAAGUAAAAAUUGCAACUUUUUUCUGAAUAAAUAAAUGGAGUGAAGAAGUGUGAUUGUAUUGUUAUGAAUGAAUCAAAUGAUCUCUUCAACACUGAGUUUUACAUCAUCCAAAUUGAAAUUAGUACCACUUUGUUGCAACAUUUUCAACUCUUUUUCUUUCUCUUCUCUCUCAACAAAAUCCAAUUUCAACCAAGAAGAAGAAGAAGAAGACGAUAAACCAUCCAACUCCGCCAUCGACCGAAUCGUUCUCCAAUUUCGCAAUUUAUCAGACCACCAUGAACCAACCCUAACCCCAUUCCCACCGCCAGAUCAUUUUUUGCACCGAGAAUGGCUUCGUCCCGACGAGGCUGUUAUCCCAUCGGAGAACGAGGUGGUUCAUCAGCAACAACUAACGAAGAAGAAGAAGAAGAAGAAGAGUGAAGUAAUUGCAGCGCCGUGUUUGGCGAAAGAAGAACUGAGUCGAUUGCGAAAAAUUGGAAUUCAUUUGAAGGAGAAAGUUAGUAUUCCCCAAUCUGGCCUCACGCGUCCGGUGCUCCAAAAAAUUCAUGAUCAGUGGAAAAACAAUGAAUUAGUGAAGCUCAAGUUUCAUGAGCUACUUGCUCAGAAUAUGAACCUCGCUCAUCACAUCGUUCAGCAUCGGACGGGAGGAUUAGUUAUAUGGAGGUCAGGAAGUGUUAUGUGGGUGUACCGUGGUGACAAUUAUCAAUGUCCAAUGAAUGGGAACCGACAUAGUUCAAAGGGAGGUGAUGAAAUGAGUGAUUCAGUUAUGUGGAAUCAACAGCAGCCUGAGAACAUGACACCUGAGGAGACGGAGUUCGACCGGAUGCUUGAUGAUUUCGGUCCUCGGUUUGUUGAUUGGUGGGAUACAGGAAUACUCCCUGUUGAUGCAGAUUUGCUUCCCCCUACAGUUCCUGAUUACAGAACACCUCUUAGGCUACUUCCUGCCAAAAUGCAUCCGCGACUCACCAACGAUGAGCACACAAAGAUGCUGAAACUUGCCAAAGCUCUUCCUUGUCAUUUUGCCUUGGGGAGAAAUAGAAAUCUUCAAGGUCUGGCAUGUGCCAUUCUUAAGCUGUGGGAGAAAAGUUUGGUCGCAAAGAUUGCUGUCAAGCUUGGUGUCCAGAAUACGAACAAUGAACUGAUGGCUCUGGAACUGAAGAAAUUAACAGGAGGUACCUUACUGCUAAGGAAUAAAUACCACAUCGUAAUAUAUCGUGGGAAGGACUUCGUUCCAACCAGCGUGGCUGCCAUUUUAUCUGAAAGACAGCAAUUGACGAAACAGGUGCUGGAUGUUCAGGCGAAGGUGCGAUGCAGAUCUGUUGAUGUAACUGGGGAAGAUGUAACAACUGCACAAGCAGGAUCAUUGGCUGAGUUCAAUGAGGCUCAAGCACCCUGGGGAAGGGAACUUACUAUUGAAGAAUAUGAGAAGAUGAUGAAAAAGGCUUCUGAAACCAAGAAUGUUAGGCUUAUGAAAAAAAUUGAACAUAAAUUAGCUGUUGCCGAUGCCAAAAAAUCAAGAGCAGAAAAUAUAUUAGUUAAAAUAGAUGCAUCUAUGGUUCCAGCUGGUCGUGGUAACAGGGGGGAAACGAUCACAGAUGAAGAACGUGUUAUGUUCCGUAUGGUUGGUUUAAGAAUGAAGGUGUACUUGCAACUUGGUACACGUGGUGUUUUUGAUGGUGUCGUCAAGAAUAUGCAUUUGCAUUGGAGGCAUCGAGAACUUGUUAAAUUAAUCACAAAACAAAAAACCCUUGCUUUUGUUGAAGAAACAGCUAAUUUAUUGGAAUACAAGAGUGGUGGAAUACUAGUAGCAAUAGAUAGACUUCCCAAAGGAUUUUCUCUGAUUUACUAUCGUGGAAAAAAUUAUAAGCGGCCCAUUACUCUACGGCUGGGAACCUCUUUUAACGAAGACAAAAGCACUGAAGCAAUCAAUAUCCAUGCAACGACAUGAGGUUACAAAAUCUAUAUGAAUGCAGAUUGCAAAUAGAUGACCACCUACCUGCAGAAUGCAGAUUGUGAAUUUGUGACCUGUAUAACCCUCCACCAAAAUCACCAUGGCUAUAUUGUGGUUUAGACUUAUGUAUGCUUCCUACAUUUAGAUAUUUGGAUUGUAUGAUUGUUGAUGUUUCUGUGUUUCCUUGUUUUGUGUUUUAUCUUUAUGUUUAGUUUGGUUUAAGUUUGGAUUGAUGGUGUUUGAUGAUAUGUCCCAAGAGGGAAUAAGUUACUGGAAUAGAGUCUUGUAUAUAUGCAGAACUAAGCUUACGGUGGUAGCAACCAACCUCAAAAUCAUCUCUGCUCGAUAAACAACUUUCGGGCAUGUGGUUGAUUUGUAUAAAUUUGAGACCACUUAUAGUCGAAUUGUGAUUGCAUAAAACAACCAAAAUUAUGAUUCGUAAAUGGAUAGAAUUUUAGACUAUGGAUUCUCCCUUUCCCUUUGUCAUGGACCAUUGUAAUGAAAUAAUGAUUAAAUCA